AUGGAGACAAAGAUACAGGGCAGAGAGGCGGAGAGGCAGAUCCGCAGGAGACUGGGAAAGAGAGAUGGAAAGAGAGAGAACGGCCACAGAGCAGUGAAAAGGCAGCGAGACAAGAGACAGGGAUCCAGGUUAAGAGACAGAGUCAAAGUCACAGGUGGAGAGAUGACAAGAUGGAGAGAAAAGCAGAUGGAGAUUGAGAAGACGCAGAGACAGAGAGAGAUGACGAUGGAGACAAAGAUACAGGGCAGAGAGGCGGAGAGGCAGAUCCGCAGGAGACUGGGAAAGAGAGAUGGAAAGAGAGAGAACGGCCACAGAGCAGUGAAAAGGCAGCGAGACAAGAGACAGGGAUCCAGGUUAAGAGACAGAGUCAAAAGUCACAGGUGGAGAGAUGACAAGAUGGAGAGAAAAGCAGAUGGAGAUUGA